GACCUACUUUCCAACCAUGAAUUCGUCCGAAAGCCCUAGUCAGUCGUCCAAUUUUCACUUCUAUCUACCAAAGAGUAAGUUGAUUCAUCACAAGGAGUUACCACAGCUGAUAUUCUGCAAACCAAAGUUAAUGCCUCUAAAGUCCCUGACUCUUGAAAAACUGGAUGAAAUGCAAAAGAAUGCUGAAAGAAAAAUUCAAGAAUCGAGUGGUGAAAACUAAAGAUAUUGACCGUCUCAGCAUUCCAAAGAAGCAUUUAAGAUGUCUGCUGGACCUCUAAUUGUUGAUAUCAUUGUGGCAUUCAUUUUGGCCGCUGGGCUCUUGUACCGCUACGGAAACUGGCAACGUCAUCAUUUUCUGGUCACUUUAGCGGUUCUCAUUUCUUGGUAUUUCUCUCUUCUCAUCGUAUUUGUUCUACCAUUGGAUGUUUCCUCUACUGUCUAUCGACAAUGUGUUCAGAGUUCUGAGAGCAAUUCCUCCAGUCCUCAUGAGAAUUCAACUACACCAUGCGCAGAGCCAUGGAGUUCAGUACCAGACAACGUCUAUCCAAAUUUAUGGAGAAUAGUAUACUGGACAUCUCAAUGUUUGACUUGGCUUGUCAUGCCUCUUAUGCAGUCCUACGCCAAAGCUGGGGAAUUCACUUUCCGGGGUAAAUUGAAAUCGGCUAUCUUAGACAAUGCUAUUUACUACGGCUCCUAUAUUUUUCUAUGCUUCCUCCUCCUUGUAUACAUCACUUUCAAACCAGGUCUACAAUUAGAUGGUCAAAAAUUGAAGGCGAUUGCUUCUUCUGCAAGUAAUACUUGGGGUUUAUUCCUGCUAGUCAUUCUCCUUGGUUAUGCUCUGGUUGAAAUCCCACGAAAUUUGUGGCUGUUCGGUCAGCGUGGAUACGCUCUUCAUCAUGCCUAUUUUCGAGCAGCCAAACUGAAUUUUGACAAAAGUGAGGCUGAGGAAACCUUGGACGAUGUUCUUGAGUCGGUCCAGUCUGUCCGCAAUAUAAUCCACCCUAACGAUCCUCUUUAUCCUCAUUUGGAAACGAUCGUUGAGAAAAUCCCUCCACCGAUAUGGCAGAGGUUGAAGAAUAGACAUCGAGUUUGUGAUGAUGGCUUGGACUCGCCCACUCUCAAGGCCCUUGUCAGAUUACACAAGCAGGUAAUCAAAGCAUUACAGACUUAUGGUCGAACUGAAGCGCAAUGGCAGCUAUUAGUGGAGAGAGUGAUUCUGUUGGAGGAUGUGUCCAGGAACCAGUCUAGUCGCGAUAGGAGGUUCAAACAUUCCUUCCCGCAAAAUAGACCCCUCUGGGUCAAUCGUAUUUUCACACCUUCCGUUGAGUGGUAUUGGCGAUGUUGGAUGCACCCAAUCGUCCUCAAAACAGCUGCCAUCAUCUCUGCCGUCCUCUCAACUGCAGUUGUGUGGUCUGAAGUAACAUUCUUCAAUAAAAAACCAGUACUGUCUAUUUUUGCCAUUUUAGUCAACCUAGCCAAACCGAACUAUGAUUAUUUUACCAUCGAGCUUCUAUCAACAGUCAUCAUAGCCUACCUAUGCUUGUGCGCAUUUGCCACCGUGCUGAAAAUCAGAGUGCUCAACUAUUACUACCUUGCACCACACCACUUGACAGAUGAACAUAGUCUCGUGUUCUCUGGAAUGAUGCUUUCUCGACUGACACCGCCGAUGUGUCUCAAUUUCCUAGGUCUCAUUCAUAUGGACAGCCAUGUUAUCAAAAGUCAGCUCAUGGAAACGCAUUACACCCAAGUUAUGGGUCACAUGGAUGUUAUCUCUAUAAUAUCGGAUGGAUUCAACGUAUAUUUUCCCAUAGCCAUGCUUGCCCUAUGUCUAGCCACCUACUUCAGUGUAGGCUCUAGGAUACUAUCAGUUGUUGGUUUCCCGCAGUUUCUUGGGGAUGAUGAAGUCACAACAGACUUAAUUGAUGAAGGAAAAAAAUUGAUCGGCUGUGAAAAAUUGCGGAAACAGAAGACUGAGGAAAGUGCGGAAAGACGGAGAGAGUAUCUCAAGAGGUUUGAUAGGUCCAGCAAUCAAGAUAACCGUGGUAGCAGUAAUACUUCCACUGUGGUGGACGAUUCACCGAGCACAAAUUUGCUGACUGCCGCCGAGCCGAUUGAUUGGUACCACAAACCGCAGUUUGACGUCUCUGCCUCAGACGAAUAUCAAUCAAGUCGGAUAGUGAACCCUCCAAGAAACAUUUUUGAUGACGUUUAAAGCAUCCUGUAGGCUCCUGUAAUUUAAGCUCUGAGAGUAAUUUUCCUGCUAAUAAGUAGCAUCCAUUUAUUACCAUUCACAGGAAAAUAGACCUCAGUGCUGAAACAUUUGUCAUUUCCCUGACGAACGAUCAAAACUCCAUUCCAACGUUGCCAAACUGACUCAAACAAUUCCAUUCUUUACUAUGAUUUUGUGAACAAAAUUUUGUUGCUUUUUGCGUGUGAUAAGUAAAAAAAUCAGUGAAAUUUUCAUUAAAAAAUGCCCAACGGUUUUUCAGUUUAAGUACAAUUUACUAGUGAAAAUUUCGCAUUUUUGAAAUGUAGUUGCAUUCUUUCGCACGGAGAACAGCAAAAUUGACACCUCUGUUUAGAAAAGUGUUUUUUGAACAUUUUUGUGGAAAAUUAGUCUAAGCUACGUCGAAUAGCCUAGUUACUUUCUUUGGAAUACUAUGGAGUGUUUUAUGUCAAGGAAUACAUUUCCAAGUUUCCAACCUGGCUCAACGAAAAUUGCUGGAAACUUUUGAGCAGCUUUGCUUUCCUUAGAUAAAUGACGAAGAUAUGAAUACAAUUCUAGAAAUUGCUUGCAAUGAUCAGUCAAGAAAUUGUAUUUAAAUUUUCUCACAGAGUAUCUGAAAAUUCGUAUUUUGCGGAAAAUGUUCAGCUGAGUGCGUGAAUUAAGUCAUGUGCCUUUGAUUAGGAUAGACUAGGUUUCAUGAGACUGAGUAAGUAAGUGGAUUCCGUAAGUGAAUUGUAGCAUAGAUCUGGUUAAGAUUUCUUACCUCCUUUUUCAAAUGAGUCAUUUAUGAUAAAACUCGUUUAAGAUCCAUGUUUCCUUAACAGUCGCAUGCUUUUCCAGGCCCCUUAAUUAUGCUGACUGACCGAUGACUUUUACAGGAAUUUUGCAUCCAUAGGCUGAAGUCCUGUAAAUCUUACAGGAAUCCUUCUUUAUAUGAGACUCAGUGAAAUUUGCCUUGUAAGACACUUUUCAGAACUCAAUUCAGCUCUCAGUGAACCAAAGCAACUGGCUACCAACUGAACAUAAUAAUUAAAGUUUUAUUGGGUGAAUUUUCUCAGAAGUAAAAUUUCUGUAGCAUUUAAUUGUACAUACCAUUAAGACUGAUUGCGUUUUAUUGAGAGAAGAGGAGAACAAGCAGGAAGCUAAUUGGACUACAUUUUGCAAUUCGGAACUAAAAUUUCUAGCUCCUGGAUAAAAACACUUAAUUGCUUAGAGAAACUAAUGGUAGGUACAUAUGUUGUUUCUAAACUGAGACAGAAAUUGUAGUUCCUAAUUGCAAAACGUAGUCUAAUUCUGUUUGUUCUCUUAAGAUAUUACGCCUAAUUUUGUGGCGUUUUGUCCUGUUCAACAAGGAACUGAAUUAUACCUUGUGCAGUGACCCAUUUGUUCCCUGUUAAACUGGAAGGAAGUGUACAAUUUAGUAAUUGUAGCAAAAUUUGCAUACUCAUCAUUCCACUUCGAGUUACAAACGUCAAGUUAGUUAGUUAUCUAGACUUCGAUUUAGUUAUUUAAUCUCUCCUUUGGCAGCUUUAACCAUUGUGUAAAUAUUUCCACGAUUUUUUUUGGCUUAUUUAGACAUUUUUUAAUCUCUAGUCAGCACCUUUUUUUUUCAUGAUAUACUCUCUUUGUUUCAAACUCUAUCCCAAUGUUUCUCAAUACUCACAGAUAGUAAAUAUUUUAUAGCUUCCAAAACCGAAAUUUGCGCUUUGAAAAACCAAAAUUGUAAAUUAGAUUGCUAAAUCUAGAUUUUGUUAUUUUAUACAGUGCAGUAUAACCAAAGGAUCCUUUUGUGCACUGAGGUUACCGUUAAGUGAGAAUCGAAGUUUGGAGUUGAGAAAGAGGGCUUUUUUUGUGCUAUUUCCUUGCAUUGAAAAUUAGAAAAUAUCUCAAUUCUUCGAUCUUGUGCUGGAGAAAAUCGAACAAAUGAACCUCCGUGGGUGAUGCCUUUAGAAAGUGUACAUUCCUUCGCAACGGAGAAUUUUCCUUGUCCGAAGAAUUGCCUUUGUCUUUACGAGGUAUUUUCAACAAUGAAGGCACUUUUGGAUGAUUUCAAGUUAUUUUGUCAACAAAUUCUUGCGUUAUCCCUCUCUAAUUAUUGAAUCGUCCAAGGUCCCAUCCAUCAAUACCUGCUUUGUAGAAUUUUACCUUUGCCUUCGUCCAGACUGAACAUUGUCCAAAUAAAUCCAAAUAAGUAACAAUACUUUGCAAUUACCCAAUCUGAAUUUUAUUUGCUGAUUUUAUUGUCCAAAUAAAUCCAAAUAAGUAACAAUACUUUGCAAUUACCCAA